CGAAUCGAUGUUUCCUUUUAGCAGUGCCGGAGCCUCUUUCUAACUAAAGUAGGAAGUUAGUUCGCUUUCCCUGAGGUGUUCCAGGCACAUCUAAUCUAAUAUGGCUCGUGCUCCUAGCCCCCGAGGAAGAGAAGAAGAGGGUCUUCCCUAGUCAUAGAAGGGGGAGCUAUGCUAGUCUGCAGAUACUGCGCAGUGUGCACAACCGAAACUAGGAGGAGAAGUGCAUCUUUACGAUCCUGCAUGUGCCGUUGGUAAAAUCUCAAUUUUAACUACAUUGCAAGAGAGUGAAUUCUUGAACAUGAAGCGUAAGCGUGGGCACAAGAAAGGAAAACCAAAAGCGCCCCCUGUUGUGGCUGCAAAGGAGGCAGUCUCAAAUGUAAUUAGUGUUAAUUCAGAAGAUAAUUCUAAUGCAGAUGAGUUUGAUAACGAUGAAAAUGAAUCUCGGAUGCAAAAUGAGAUCAACACUCCUUCUUCAACCGGCACUGACCAGCCAGUGAAUCUUGCUAGCAUUAACCCUGAUGGGUCGAUAGAUAAGGCUGCUGGUAAAUUUAAGCUUAAGCUUAAGACUUCCAAAAUGUUGGAGUCUCAAAGUGACACUGAUAAGAGUAGUGGGGGCCAACUGGGUAUGGAGAAAAGAGGUAUGGUAACUGAGAGAGUUGAAGAUAGUGCAAACUCAUUGCGUCAAACAAAGAUGGGUGUUUCGGGGAGCAUGUCAAAGAAAGCUGGGAGCAUUAAGAUUAAGUCUUGCAAGGUGUUCGGUGGAUCUAGUAGUGUCGACAGUGGGACUAGCAAUGCUGCGGUGGUGCAGACUGAAGGUUCACAGAAGAAUAAUUUGAAGGCAUCUCAGCAGAAUAGUCGAUAUAACAAGCAAGAAUUAGAAUCUGCCUUGAUGGUGAUAAAAAAGGUUAUGAAAAUGGAUGCAGCAGAACCCUUCAAUGUCCCAGUGAAUCCUGAAGCUUUGGGAAUACCUGAUUAUUUUGAUGUCAUAGAUACACCAAUGGAUUUUGGGACAAUAUGCAGCAAUAUUGAACGCUGUAAUAAGUAUAUGAAUUCCGAGGAUGUCUUCAAGGAUGUACAGUACAUUUGGGAAAACUGUUACAGGUAUAACAAUAAAGGUGACUAUAUUGUUGACCUUAUGAAGCGUGUUAAGAAGAAUUUUAUGAAAUACUGGACAGGAGCUGGGUUAUACACUGAGCAACCAAGGGGAACUAAUGGUGUUGAUGGCACUCAAGCAGGUGUUGAUGGCACUCAGGCAGACGAUAAUACAUCAUUGAGUCAGGGGAGAGUGCAAGCUAGAAGUAGCCAGUUAAAACAGAAGUCACAAAAACGUCAUGGAAGGCGUCAUAAACAUGAUUGUUUGUGUGCGAUAUGUGUUCUGAAGCGACGUAAAAGAGAGCGAGAGGAGAAUUCUAGAAUCAGUAAAGCCCUGAUUGGUGCUGAAGAAUUCAGACAAGAGGAAACUUCACUUGUCGAAAGUCCUCGUGGUGAGGACUCGUCAUCAAAUGUGGAGGAAUCAUUGGAUUUGGAUGUGGAUGCGGAUGUGGAUGCAGAUGUUGACAAUGAGGUGGAAGGAAAGAGAGGAGAGAUGAAAGUGGAGGUUGCUGAGCCGCAAUACAGCCCUAAGGAUGAGAAGCAGGAAUCACGGGAAGAGGAAGAGGACGAGGAGGAAGAAGAGAACAACAUGGAGAUUGAAAGGAAAGAGGGUGAAAGUCCUGUGGAACCUCAAUUAGGUGAUAGAUCAAAAGAGGAUGGACAAUCCCGGACUGAUGAGAAGUCAGGUAUGGCAGUCCAAGCUAAUACUCAGAAAGGAGAUUUGUCUAUGCAGGAUGAGGAAGAAAAUGCAAUUUCAGAUAGGAAGAAUAAGAAGUUGCAAGAAAAGGAACAAAGGGCUAAAAUGUACGAGCAUUUCCUUCUCGAAAAUCCCAUGCUUCCGAGUUUAUGUGGGUUUUUGUUCCCCAGCAAUCGGAAGUCUCUUUGGAGUGGGCCUCAUUCACUGGUUCCUCAUCAGGUUACUGGUCAUUCUAGUUCCUUGCAUGCCGCAGUUGAGACUUUGAUGAAGUAGGUAGGUACAUAGUUUUACCUGAUGUACAUCUGUAUGCUGGCUUCUGCAGCCAACUUGAUCUGAUGUAAACUAAUCCAUUACAUCUUGUUAUAAGAACCUUGCAAAAAAUGUCUUUUUAUAGAAGAACGCAGACAUUUUCAUG